GCACAUCAACAAACUCCAAGAGAACUCCAGGUGGAUACCACAAAAAUAGCCAGAGAAAGAAACUGCAACGAACGUUCCCAUGAUGGAGCCAUCCAACCUUUUAGGAAGUUUCAGUUGCUGCAUUAAUGGUUUGGUCAUUUUUUGGCACCUCUUAUUUGUCCCAGUUUGCUUCAGCCAGCCACAACUCAAGACUGCACUUCCGCUUAAACAAAGAUUUCCAUUUCUUGUGAUGUGGAACGCACCAACAGAGCUAUGCACAAGAAAGUUCGGAAUAACUUUCAACCUAACCUCUUUUCCAAUGAUCUCUACCACACGGAGGAGUCCGCUUCAGCAGGACAUUAGAAUCUUCUUCAAUCGUAUGCUCGGUUACUAUCCUCACUAUGAUGAGCUGACAGGUCAGGAAUUCAACGGUGGUAUCCCACAGCAGGUUAGAAUAGAUGAGCACUUGCUAAAGGCUGAGCAGGACAUUGAGGAGUUAAUUCCAUCCAACAUGUCCAGAGGGUUAGCAGUUAUUGACUGGGAAAAUUGGAGGCCCCUCUGGGGUCGGAACUGGCACCACAAGUUAAUCUACAAAUACCAGUCUAUUGAGUUGGCCCAGCAGAGGGACCUCUCCUUAACAUGGGAAAGGGCAGUUGCAGUUGCCAAGACUGAAUUUGAAGAAGCUGCCAAAGAUUUUCUAUUAAAGUCUCUGCAGCUGGGAAAGAAAUUAAGACCAAACCAAUUAUGGGGAUUCUACUUGUUCCCCAAUUGUUACAACUAUAUGCACAAGAACAGGAACAGAACAUAUACGGGGACAUGUCCAUCACGUGCAAUAUCGCGGAACAAUGAACUCCUCUGGUUAUGGCAAGAGAGCACAGCACUUUACCCAAGUAUUUAUCUGUCCAAAGCAUUCAAUUCUUCCUACAACACAAAGCUGUUUGUACAGAAUCGUGUCCAAGAGGCGAUGAGGGUUGCAGCACUUUCCAAGGAGAACUAUUCUCUGCCAGUCUAUCCUUACACCAGAGUAAUCUAUCGUGAUUCAAUGAAUGAAAUCCUCUCUGAGGCGGAUCUUGUGAAUACGAUUGGUGAAAGCGCUUCUCUGGGAGCUGCUGGAAUCGUUGUUUGGGAAAGCUCUAACAUAACUCAAACCAACCACACCUGCACAAUGUUGCAGAGCAUUGUCAACAAUGUCCUGAGUCACUACAUCUUGAAUGUGUCGCAUGCAGCGAGACUAUGCAGCAGAGUACUGUGUCGCAACAAGGGCAGGUGUUUAAGAAAGAACUGGGAGUCCAGCGACUACCUGCACUUGAACCCAAACAACUUCAAGAUACACAGGAGAAAAAGCGGACGUCUUGCAGUAAUCGGCCAAGCAUCCCUGAAGGAUCUGCAGCAGAUGGCGGAGAAAUUCACCUGCCAGUGCUACGUUGGAAAAAACUGUGACUCUCACCUCCCUUUCACUGACACAACUGAACUUGAUGAUGAUAAACCUGUAACACAUUCUUCAAGAAAUGAAUUAGAUUAAUAAGGGCAGACGGAUGUCAGGUUUUAUGCUGAGUUUGGAGAAAGGGAUAUUUUUCACAAAACGUGGUGGUGAUUUAUAAAGAGAGGAGGAAAAGAUCAGCUUGUUCAGCGACCCUGCUGAAAGGUGUGAAUGUGGUACAAAAAAAAGAAAAACUAGCAAUUUUUCAUCCCAACCAGACAUCUCAAUGUGCUUUACAGCCAAUGAUGUACUUUUUGAAGUGAAGUCGCCUGUUGUAAUGUAGGAAAGGUGGCAAUCAGCUUGUGGGCAGCAAACUCCCACAAACAGCAACGUGAUAAUGUUCAGAUAACCCGUUCUUUUCCAAUGUUUGUUGAGGGGUUAAUAUUGGCCGGGGCAUUGGGGAUAACUCUCCUGCAGAAAGUGCCGUGGGGAUCUUUUACACCCACCUGAGCAUGCAAAUGGGGCCUAAAUUGAAAGUGUCAUCUGAAGGACAGCAUCUCUGACAGUGCGGCAUUCCCUCCGUACCGCACUAGAGUGUCAGCAUUUGAGUUUUGAGCUCAAGCUGCGGAGUGGGACUCGAACCUGGGGAGUGAGAGUGCUCCCCACUCAGCCGUAGCUGCUGCUUACACUCCUGUGCAUUCUGGAGAGGUAUUUGGGGAUUUUUGCACAUACAGUUAAA